GUGGCACGGGAAACCAGGCAGAGAGAGGCGAGUGUGUGAGAGGGAACCAGAAGGUGUGGGAGUGUGGGGGAGAGUGGCAGGAGGUGAGGGGAACGUGUGUGGUAGCCAGUGCAAGCCCAGCAGCCCUGUAGAGAGGACCCACUCAGGCUCCAGCUGCUCUCUCUCUCUCCACCUCCAAAAUAUACUCUGGAACUCCACACGUGACUGUUGUUCUCGCGUUCCUCGUACUCGGACACGGAGACAGGUUUGCACGAAGGAUGUGAAGCAGAAACAGAAACUGACUGAAAUAAAGAGCAAGGAAAAAGAAAAGAAAAAACGAGGGAGGGAGAAUACAUCGGACUUGUACAGCCUUCCGCAGCAUCACUGAUGCUGGAUUACAGGUGAAGGGCCAGUGAAGAACGAGGGCAUUGGAUAAGUGUCGGACCUUGAAAAUGCAAUAGGUGCUCUCGAGAUGCUUCCCGUGCCCUUUCCCAUGGCACACGCACGGAGACAAGAAAUGUGUAUCCGUGUAACCUGAGCGUGACUGCGGGCAGAGCGUGACACAUGAAACUCAAGGUGGCACAUUGAGAAGUCAAAAGCCUGGAAUGUAGUGUGCAGUGGGGAGAUUGCUGCGUCUCAACCUUCAAGCAUUGCGUGGGAGGCGUCUUUUAUUGGCAGUAUGUAUGAGUAAUGAGAAAUUUAGGAGGCUACUCAUUAGUGAACCCUUGAGAACGCGUGAGUGUGUGAGGUGGUACUGACAGACGGUGCCUCUAAGGGGUGCCUACCGCGCUGAAUGAAAUGACCUCGUGUGAUUCGAAUCUCACCUCUACUCUGCUGAUCUCCCUUGCCCCGGGAGGGUGAAGCGGUGCAGCAAACGGCCGAGCAAUGGGCAACGAGACGAGGCGGUGGGUGGAGGACGUCCCGGCGGGCGUGAGGACCCCUAUGCACGCCCGGGACUAAGUGUGGACGUCCUAGGAUGGUGACUCCUCGCCCUCCAUAUGAUGAGCACACUCCGGUCUUGUAGCGGACUACGUCAGUCUGGAAAAAGACGAAAGAUACAGGCGUUGGUGUGGGUGCUAUUGUGGCUGUGUGUGUUGCGUGGGACGGCUGGCGAGUGCCCGAAGGUGUGCGAGUGUAAGUGGAGAGACGGAAAAGAGACAGUGACGUGCAUUGGUACCGAUUUCACAAAUAUUCCUCGUCAGCUGGACCCGUCCACUCAGGUGCUCGACCUACAGCACAGCAACCUGCAGGUCCUGCCUCGUGACGCCUUUGCUGACUCAGAUCUGGUCAACCUGCAGAAGCUGUGGCUCAACCACUGCAAAAUAACACACCUGGAACGAGGCGCCUUCAACAUGCUGGACAACCUGGUGGACCUGGACAUGAGCAAAAAUCUGCUGCGCGUUGUGCCCACCGCUGCUCUCAUUGACAUCCCGGGGCUGCGGGAGUUGAGUCUCGCCCACAACGACCUGUCCACUAUUCCCGCUGAUGCCUUUGCUCCAAUCCCUGACCUGGUGACCCUUGACCUCUCCAAUAACAGGAUAAGGAGCAUCAACCCAAAGGCGUUCCGGUGUCUCGCCACGCUAGAGGUGCUCAAAUUGUCUGGUAACCUGCUGGUGUACCUUAUGCAGGAUCUCCUGGUGCCGCUCAAGGCCCUGCAUGGUCUCAACCUCAACAACAAUCCCUGGACCUGUGACUGUCGCCUGCGGCCUAUGCGACAGUGGAUGCUGGAUCACAAGAUCACCAGCGUCACGGCACCCACCUGUGGAAAGCCCAAACGGGUGAGCGGCACCAGCUGGAAGUUCCUGGAGUUGGACGAGUUCGUGUGUGAGCCCCACGUGUCCGCGGUCACGGAGUACCUCGAAGCUGACGAGGAUGACAGCGUGUCUCUAGUAUGCCGUGUUGACGCUGACGUAGAGGUUUCUGUCAGUUGGUUAUUCCGGGAAAAGCCGCUGGGGACUCAGAGAAAGUCUUCGCGUUACCGGUUAGAAAAGCAGAUGAUUGCCAACCAGUCGGCCGUCAUAUCCAACCUGACUAUUAUGAGGGCGGAGCCGCGGGACCAGGGUACGUACACCUGCGUGGCGGAGAACAAGGCCGGGAGGAGCGAGGCUCACCUUACUCUGCAGGUGGAGAGAGAAGAGACAGAAGGGAGUCUGGUGUACGUGGACAAAAAGUAUAUGACUGGCAGCCUCCUCUCGGGGCUUGGGGUGCUGGUCACCAUCCUGCUGCUGGUAAGCUGCAUCGUCCACCGCCGCCAGCGGGUGCGAAGGUUUCGUAGACAAGAGGAAGACCGGGAGAUGCGGGGCGUCAACGCCACCUGCGCGAUGCAGCACCAGACUCAGGCCGCCACUGCCAAUGCGACCACCAUCCCCGCUCCGGUGACGCAGCGCCCAUCAGCCACGCAACAGCGCAAGCCUUCCGAUUACCUCAUUAUUCCCUCUGGGGAGUCCGACGCGCCGCCGCUCCAUCCGCUACAAAGAGACCACGCGUGGCUGCAGCCGGAGGCCGUUAACGGAGGCUAUACUCGCUCUGGCUACCUGGAAAACGGAAGAUAUGACAAUUCCAGCCUAGAGCGGUACCGUGAGGACGUGCUGGAGGACAUGCGGGGACACCAGCGCUCGCCCAGCACCAUCUCCUACGUGGAGCUGCCCUCCACUGAGCUGCCGCGGCGGCACAGCACACUUACAGACAAGGAAAGUCUCAUGAACCUUGAGUUCGAGACAGACAUCCUGCGUCGGGAGUGCAGUCCCACUGGGUCCGUGGUAUCCGUGGUGAGCAACGGACAGCUGGAGGAUCUGCUAGGCCUGCCCUAUCCUGCCCCGAGGCGAGAGGCCCGACAGAGCCUCCACCCCCAGGACAUCAACAACAUUGCCAGAAAACACCGUCCUUAUGUGUACGACGACCGACGACAGAGAGAUCGAAUGCCGUACGACCCCAGUUCCCUAAACGCCAGGUGCUACAGUGCUCUUAACCUGGCCAUGAGCGAGGCUGCCACCCACGCUUUCUCCUACCCACGAGGGCGGCGGCCGGCCACUCGUUACCCCUCCCUGCCCUCCACGCCCAUGCUGGCUAAGGACGACAACGCUAUCACUAGAAACCACGAUGCAAGGAGACUUCGAAGGCUCAUGAGUGCUAACAGAGGGGUGUAUCGGUCCCUGGAGGGCGCGGGGGACCUGGCCAACUCGUUCCUGUACCAGUACCCAGCGGUGCAGCUGGAGAACUACCUCAAGGACUACCGGGUGCAGAAGCGGCUCAGCAGGAGGAUGGACAAGCGUGACUCGCUGACCCGCGCCGGUGGAUCAGCCUCCAGACUGACGGACGACCUGCGCGGCUCCGGGGCGCUGCUUGGGGGACGGGGCGCCUCCUUCACCCGCGGCAGACUGCACCGAGCUAGCAGCCUCACUCCUGACGUCACCGGCGCUCUCAGCAGGGACAUCACUGACACCCUUACCCGCAGCGUCACCGGCAGACUUAGCCGCUCAGGAAGCCUGACGCGUGACGCCGCUGGGGGACUGACGCGCGACGUCACAGGCAGCCUGACGCGUGAUGUCGCUGGCAGUCUGACGCGUGACGUCGCAGGAAGCCUGACGCGUGACGUCACUGGCAGUCUGACGCGGGACGUUGCUGGCAGCCUAACACGUGACGUUGCUGGCAGCCUAACACGUGACGUGGCGAGCAGCUUAACACGUGACGUGGCGAGCAGCUUGACACGUGACGUCACCAGCAGCUUAACACGUGACAUAGCCAGCAGCCUGACCAGGGAUGUGACAAGCAGUCUAGCCCGGGACAUCGCUAGCAGCCUGUCGCGGGACGUGGCGGACAGUCUGAAGCACGAGGUCGGCGGCGGCGUGGACCUGUUCAGCGAGGCCUCGCCUUCCUCCCCCUACAUGGAUAUGGACCUCAGUCUGCGUGGGCGGCCCCGAGCGGCCACCGAGCCCCUGCUGGAGGUGACGCGGUCCGGGGUGCUGGGACACAGGAAGCCGAGCCUGGCGCUGGGGCGCGAGGCGGUGCGGGAGGCUCUGCAGAGCCGCGUGCUGAGCCCGUCAGAAUCCAUGAUUGACGCCAUGCAGAGCCGCGCCGAGGGCGUGCGGGAGGUGUCCGCCCACAAGACCGACCCCAUGAUCGAGGUGACGCCCGCCGAACCCUCGCGCCCCACCGAGCCGCUCAGGUCCAUCCUGAAGAACCGGUACGAGGGCGGCGGCCUCCUGUACAAGGGGGAGUACACGAACAGUGCCUACUAUGACGACGAGGACGACGCCGACGGUGCUCUCUCCCAGGCCGCUUACACCCCCCCGGAAUAUAAGGACUACCUCGACCACGGCUCCUGAGGCCGCCCCGCCACCUCCAUCACCACCACCACCAGCCCGGCGCCCUGUCCCUCCCACUGCACGGGAGAGGGACAAGUUUUUAUACCGCUGACUGCUCUUGUUGUUGUUGUUGUUGUUCUUGUUGAUGUUGUUGUUGAAGUUAGAUGCCUUCCAAAGUCAGAGGUCGUCGUCUGCCCCCUCCCCCCUUCCGGAAGUCACCGGCAGGGACGCGCUGUGGCUCCUCCAGUCCUCUCUCUAACGAUGUCUCGCUUGUCAUGUCUUGGUUACUCAGGAUUCUUUGUUCCAUGGCAUGACCUUUCCACCUCACUUGUGCCCUUUUGCGUUGGCUCAUCGUCUUUUCCUUCAGUUGAGGCACAAGGCGUCGCGUUAGCGUUCUUUUCUACUCCGUUAAUGCACCUCACUGUGACGACACGGCAUAGGGCGUUCUGGCGGCCUCCGAGAUAGGUGACGUCCUAACCUUCAUCAGGACGCCGACACACACACACACACACACACACACACAUAAACAUACACACACACACACACACACACACACACACACACACACACACACACACACACACACACACACACACACACACACACACACACCUCGCAGCGCCCUCAGCCGGGUAGCGGACCGCUCCUUUCGCUCCUGGCUCGGUUCUCCGUGAGUGGCGGAAACUCGCAGGACAAUCGUGAGGGGAAGAAGUGUAUCACGUUCAUCCGUGAUACGAGUAAACUCCACAGGGUAUCAACGCUUAAGUCUACAAGGCAGCAUUUCUUCCCGUUGUGGUGAUCACCAUUCUCUCUUCCCUCCUCCUCCUACUCUAGCCACUCCAUCCCUUCCUCCAUUCCACCUUGAUUUCCUGCCUCUGUUUGCAUGACUUGUGUGAUUCUCGUCCUGCACUCGAGUUACUCCCCACUAGAGCAUAUCUACUACUCCUUCUCGUCUUCCACUGAACGUGUGUCUUUUUUGAGAUCGACUUUCCUCACCCCCAAGUUUUUACUAAUCCACUUAAGCGUUUCUCUCACCGACCAUUUUUCUAAUCUACAGGUCUCUACUACUGUUCUACUACUACUACUAUUACUACUACAUGGUGCAUAGACGGUUUUGACUAGUGUAAGCACAGGUCUUCAUACUCUUUAAGAUACAUGCAUUAGGUUUUUUGGCAUCUGUCUCUCUCUCUUAUUCCUAGACUUACAGGCCUCGUUUAUAAAUCUCCGUCUGUCUGUCUGUCUGUUUGUCUGUAUCUGACCCCCCCCUCUCUCUCUCUCUCUCUCUCUCUCUCUCUCUCUCUCUCUCUCUCUCUCUCUCUCUCUCUCUCUAGCCUACAUAUCAGCUUUCCUAGCGGCGUAGCUACGAGUGAGAGCGUUAGUUUCAAGGGACGCAGGACACGGGAGGUUGUAGUGUAGGCAGCGAUUCCUUGCGACUCUAGCGGCUCCCAGUGAUGUCUGGGGAGCAGCGUCGCAGGCCGCCAGUAGCGAGUGAGUGCUAUCGUGUCGUGUGAAUGCUGAGGACGUGCCCGUCUUCUGAAGGCGACACUGCGUGUUAGUGUAAACUCCACAAGGGCUUUACUGCCAUCCCGCGCCCCCCUGACCCGGGAGGCGCGAGUGAGACAGCCACGUGAGCCUGGAGAUACGGUGCGUGAUAUGUGGUUAGUACUUCCUCGAGUACAUAAGGCGAAGACGCGAGUGUGGCCCGCCCCUCGCCGCCCAGUCUCAAGAGGUGGGCUUACGUAUGUAGUCGUCAGCAGUCACGCUGCUCAGGAAACCUCCAGCAGAAGUGUAUAUAGAUGAUGAGCAAUGAAUGUGAAUGAACGCUUUUUUACGUAUGUAGAUAUUAUGAUACAGUCGCCCGUAACUACAGCACAAUUAAUGCAAAGGAAAGGAAAAAGUGGAUGAAUAUGAUUCCAAAAAGACAACAUUGAAAAGAAAAAAAAACAGUGAAUAAGUGAGUCAGAAAGAGUGACAAUGAGUGACCACCGCGGACAUGGAGUAGCGUCCCCCCUAAGCCACGCUGGAAGGAAAAAGUAAGCCACGUCGGGCCGCCACAGGGUGAGUGAGGGGCGCCGCUCUUCCCACCGGCGUCCACUCGACUAUAUCCAUCACUGCCAUAAGGUCGGAUUUAGCACGAGACACGAUACAUCCCGGCGUUCAGUGAGUGUUGUGGGUCAGGGUAUCGAAGAAGUUCCGGAGCGUCGGCCGGCCAGCGACUGACCCAUCGAAGUAAUCCUAAGCCACGGUCAUCACAGCAUCACACCACUUCACCACACAUCACCCUUUCCCACCAGGGCAUCACCUCAUUCACCUUUCUUGGACCAGAACUACUUGCCAAGAGAAAGAUGGUUGUAAAUAAUGCUCUCUCUCUCUCUCUCUCUCUCUCUCUCUCUCUCUGGUAAUUUCCUUCCUUGGUCUCCGCUCCACACCGUCGCCCUGCCAUUCAUUCCACGCCUCCGAUGCUCUCCAGUGUCACAAUCAAAACAUGAAGGUGUAGUCCACGACAACCUGGUCAAAGAACGUCAAUUACCUCACACACUCACGCCAAUCAACCCCAGCAAGUACUGGCCAUUUUACAAUCAAAAUGUUCUUCAAUUAAAUAACUCAAUAACUAACUAUUAAUAGGCCGUAGGCUCAUCAUCAGAAUUAUCUUUUCAAUUCUGCUUUUUCACUUUCCUCUCUUGAGAAAAUGAUAUUACUAACUCACUAACUAACUCACUAACUAACUGCUACGUACGUGUAUACAUAAAUCUCUACUUCGAGUUAUGAUUAAAAAAUUAUAAAUAAAUAAUAAAAAAACGAGAAAAAAAUCAGGUUUCUCAAGUCUUUCUUAGCUAAAUCACUGUCUUCCCGAAGCUUCCUGUAGGUAGAAGUAACAUCGGUGACUCUUCUUGUCCUCUUUCUGGGGGGCUCCGUGGCUCCCCUCCACCCCUGCCCCACCUGUGAACCUGUCCCUUUUCAUCCCUGCCUCUUCGCCCCCUGUCCCCUCGCCUUCCUCGCCUUCCUCGCCUCCCUCGCCCCUCCCUAGUGCCAAAAUAAGUAGCGAAGCCAAAUGAGUGAAGAAUCUGGCGACUCGAAGCGUGGUCGUGUGAGGCUUUCUAGUCGCUGCCUGGCAAAGUGUUACUAUUAGGCGAGGUUUUGCCGCCUCUCCUCCUCCAUGGCAUAGAUUUAAUCGAGUUCGCGCUGCAAAUUCUCGUUUUCUUCACGCCGAUAUAAUGUCUUUUACUAUCUGUGUCUCGCUCUCUCUCUCUCUCUCUCUCUCUCUCUCUCUCUCUCUCUCUCUCUCUCUCUCUUUCCAAAAUGCAUCUUGAAAUUCCGUCGCAACUGGUAUUAAUUAAUUACAAAAAGGAAGCCAAAGUUUCGUGCAUUUUUUUUUCAAUGUAUUCAGUUUAAAAAUAUAACUAAAUAAAUGCAUACGUAAAAAACAAGCCUAUAGAACCUAAAUAAAAGUGUCUAGCACAAUAAUUAUUACUACUGCAUGUGAAAGGAAGAGAAGACGAAGAAGAUGAAGAAAAAUUUUAAUGAUAGAUGACAUAGUUAGAGAGAAUUAAAACGCAUAUAAUAAAAAAAUAAAACACAAAAAAACAGAAGAAGGUAGUGUAUCUCGCCACAUUGACGGUACAUACAUUUCUGACAAAAAAAAAUAUAACCUUAACCCCGAAAAAAAUAAUAAUAAUAAUGAGAAUACUAAUGUUAAUAAUAACGCAAGUAAUUAUAUAUUCAUUUUAGGCAAAGAACAAGAGCAUUUCCUCUCAUUUAAUAAUUCAGAGCUGCCGUGUUCACAUCUUUCUGUCCUCCGAGGUACAGAGGUUCUCCUUCCUGUCCGCCCAUCCUGCCCAUGGUUCAUUUUCCUCUUCCUUUCCCUCCCUCUCUUCCCUCCCUUCCCUCCUUCCCUCCGGCUCUCCCUCGCCCAAGGCAGGAGUCCCCUUCCCCCCCCUCCGCUAGGGUGUCGUGCGCCUCGCCUCUUGAGUCACGCUAACCAGACUGUCAAAUGAAGAUUCUCAGCCA